GGCAAAUAAAACUCGUGAAAUCACAAGCCCUCGAGGCUUCGGUCCGAGUUUCGCUGUUUCCACGACAAGCGAACCGUACACCCCCGAGACGCAGGAAACAAGGCCGAAAGCCAGGUAGCACGCAAGUGGUAAUAUGGCCAAAUGAGGAAGAAGGAUUAAGCAACAGCGCCCCUCAGCCAGCCAGCCCGGCAGGCAGGCAGGCAGCAGCAGCAGCAGCAGCCGACGCCUGGCACCCAGUGUUCAGUGUGCCGGUGACGGUGGAGGUGACAGAACGCGCACAGCAGACCCGUCGCUCGCCCACACCAUACCUGCCCCCCCACGACCCUUCCCAGGAUCCCCGUAAAUAACCCACCGGAACCCGAAGCCAGUAUGAGGACUCUCCUAGCACUCGCCGCCGCCGCCACAGUCCUGGCCACAGUGUCUGCAAUCAAAUGUUACCAGUGCAACAGCCACCAGAACGACACGUGCAGGGACCUGACGUUGCCCAAGGCCAACGACUACCUGAAAGAGUGUAAAGACAACGGAACAAUCAAGUAUACUCUAUGCAGGAAGCUCGAUAUCUACCUCGACAUGGACUUCGGCAAAGAUCACCCAGCAGAGAACCGGGUCUACCGAGCGUGUGGCUACGUGGAGAACAAGGAGCAGGAAAAGUCGUGUUACUACAAGAGUGGCUACAACACCCGCACUUGGGUUUGUGCCUGCAAGGAAGACGGCUGCAACGCCGCCUACCUGCCCUCCGCAGCCGCUGCCCUCCUUCCACUCGCUGCCCUCGCUGUCGUUCUCAGGGGGCUCUACUAGCCCUUUCAAUUUACUGCUGCUGCUCCUCUCUCUCGUUACCUUUUCCCAUUUCCUCCUUAUUUCCCGUUUACAACAUGCCCUUUCACACCUUUUCCUGAUCUCAAUUGUUACCGUUUUCUUCUAUGUCUUCCCAUAAACACUCCCUCCUACUGAUGCUGCUGCUGUUGCUUCUACUGCUGGUGUUGUCUGCUCACAGCCUCCCUCUACCUUCCAUCCUACUCCCGUCCCACCUCAUGUUAGCUGGUAGUGCAGGCAGCAAUAGUCAAUCACCCCUCUAGACACCAGCAGACAAGCCCCGCCUCCUUGCCCACGCUACGAGUCGGUUCAGCUUGAUCAGUUAAUCAGUUAGCUCAAACUAAAAUUUGUCAGAUUUUGUGUUCUUUUCGAAUUCAUCGAUUCAAAGAAAAAAAUAUUAUAUGUAUAUAUAAAUAUAUAUA